UCAGUCUGAAGGUAUCAGUGAUUACCACGGCAACGUAAGGUCGAGGUUAAAUAAACUGUUGCAACGAACUCGAGCGCGAUUUUGGCAAGUGCCGGGUGCGCGCGAGCACGUGCCGGCUACGCUCGCGGAAGAGACGAGAUAAUAAAUUAAGGAUUAAUGCACAUUUAGGAAGACCGGUGAAUACUGUGUUCGUUUUCUUUGUGUACAAGAUGUUGAAACACAUAUCGUUGUUAGUAGCGGCCGUGGCCAUAGGCUACGCGGUCUUCUUGACUUACUCUCUGCACAGAGUACCUGAAAUGCCACAACUGAACCCGAAUCGGUGGUGGGGCAAAGAACCACAACCAAAAGCUGUGGACACCAGCAUUCGGCCGUUCAAAAUUCAGUUUAAUGACACGAUGAUCGCUGAACUAAAGCAGAGGAUUAAAAACAGACGCCCCCUAACACCUCCCCUCGAUGGCAUCAAUUCUGAGUAUGGCAUGAAUACAGCAUAUUUAGAGAAGUUAUUAUCCUACUGGGCAGAAAAGUACGAUUUUAAAAAGCGAGCGGAACUGCUGAACCGAUUCCCACAUUACAAGACCAAUGUUCAGGGCCUAGAUAUCCAUUUUAUACGAGUAAAGCCUACAGUGAAGAAUGUGAAAGUAUUACCAUUGCUCAUGCUGCAUGGAUGGCCCAGCUCCUCGAAGGAGUUUGAUAAAGUUAUCCCGAUUUUAACGACUCCUAGAGAUGGAUAUGAUUUUGUGUUCGAAGUGAUUGCUGCUGAUUUACCUGGAUUUGGAUUUUCUGAGGGUACGAACAAGCCGGGUCUGAAUCCAGUACACAUAGGUAUAAUAAUGAAGAAUCUGAUGAAACGGCUGGGAUUCAAUAAAUUUUACAUCCAAGCAGGCGAUUGGGGCUCCCAGGUGGCCACUCAUAUGGCUACUAUUUACACCGAUGACGUGUUAGGACUCCAUACAAACAUGCCACUAUCGUCUAUGCCUCUAAGCAAUGUGAAGCUUCUACUAGGCUCGCUUGCACCCAGCUUGCUUGGAGACCAUUCGCAUCGUAUAUAUCCGUUGCAGAAUCUGUUCCGAUACAUUGUACGAGAGAGUGGCUACUUCCACAUCCAGUCUACUAAACCUGAUACAGUUGGUGUCGGCUUAACAGACUCGCCAUCCGGCCUGGCCGCUUACAUUAUGGAAAAAAUGGCUAUAUGCAGCAACAGGGACCAAUUACACACCCCCCAUGGAGGUUUGGAAAACUUGGAACUGGACGACGUACUGGAUACCGUGACCAUACAAUGGGUGAAUAACUGCAUUGUCACCUCUAUGAGGUUGUACGCGGAAGGUUAUUCUACGACUACGCCUGAAGUCUAUGCAUUGCAUGGAAUACCCACGAUAGUACCAACAGCUGCCAUAAAGUUCCUAUAUGAAGUAAUGUACCAUCCCGAUUGGGUUCUCCGGGACAAAUUCCCCAACCUAGUGCGGUCCACAACCCUGGAUUUCGGAGGGCACUUUGCCGCCUUGCAAACGCCAAAAGUAUUUGCAGACGACGUUUUCGCGGCUGGAGCUGAAUUCCUGAAGUUUCACGAGGCUAAGAAAUAGGUUUAUUUAAAAAAGAGUACAAUUAAGGGUAAUAAACCGAGUAGGUACAAUAACUAGAAAAUAUGUGGACCUGUUUUGGCUAACAUCGGCUGUGUAAUUUUUGAGUUAAAAUGUAACAAUGCAUCUAAUAAUCUUAAAAUUAGUGCCUUUAUCCUUGUACAGUUACCGCAGACAAAAAAAACAUUGCUUUGCGAAAAUAUGUGUCGGUUGUCUUUUUUUUUUUGUUUUUUUAAUAAGUGUAAAUAAUUAGUUUUUUUGUGAUGAGAGAAUCAAUUAGGUUAGGAUUUUGUAUUAUUCUACUUAAAACCUUGCAUUUCAGUUAGUUAUAUGUAGUUUCCUUUUUUAUGCAAUUAAAACUAAUUAUAAGACAAACUCAUUUUAUGUACGUUUUGAUUACCAAAUAGACUGAUUUUGUUGUAACAAUUUAAUAUUAGGCAUAA